AUGGCGAUAUGGCCGUUUGGUCGUAAGAACAAGCGGCAUACUAUCCAGCUGGAUGCACCCGCCGUGGCGGACGUCCAGUCGUCGCACGAACCUCGCCACAGCUUCGAUGACAGCAAGCUCGGCAGGAAACUGUCUCGCAAGCAUUCCAAACGCCAAAAGAACAGACACGCCCAACCAGUUGAAGUCGAUCCGAGCUCCCUACGCGAUGUUUCCCAUCCUACGUCGUCUCAGGUCGUCCACUAUCCUCCACCUACGUCACAUAGUGAGCAGCCGACCCCGAUGAAAGAACCCCGGCUCCCGGCCUCCCGAGCAGGCCAGCAUUCCGAUGCCUACACCACAUAUUCCAAUAUGAGCCACGAUCAGCCUUCCUUGUCUCGGUCUCCAUCAUUACUGAGACCCAAGCGCAACGAUAAUGGGCCGGCAGUCUUGAAGAAAAAGCUGAGCAAGCGGAAGGCAUACGAAAUCGCCAGGGAGCGGGAAAUUCGGAUGCUAGCAUCUGCUCCCAUCGAUAUCCCUCGCCGUCCCUCUCCGCUACCUGCGGAGCAGUUCUCCAUAGAGACACGCAGGGGUACCGGAGCUCAGAGUCGGCGCUCCGAUCGGCACUGUUCUGACGGCAGUCUUUCGAUGGGUGACUCGGCUGCAUCCUCCCUCUCCGACAUCUUUGAAUCCUAUACCUUCAAGGUAAAUACCUUCGCUGCGUGGACGCCGCGUCCAGUCAUACGCUACGUGGAAGCCCCUCGGGUAUCAACUGCCAAGAGUCAAAGGCCGCCCGAGGCUUCGAUUCGGAGGGAUAAAACACCGGCCUUCGCCACUCACAACGAGAACAUACAUUCCAAGAAGAGGGUGGAUAGAUUAGCGGAUGACUUGGAUGCAGGUGCUCUCAGGGAAUUGCUGGAAAGGGAUCGCCGGCGCAGGGAGAGGAAGCAGCUCGAAGAUCAAGAGAAGCUACACCGGAAGCUACAGCGGGCUGCUGAACAACAACGGCAAGCAGAAGCAGACGUUGAUACUGUUCCCCCCAAUGUGCCCAGUGAGACCGAAGAGCCAUCUUUAACCCAACGUGGCCGGCCUGGUGCUGAGAGCCGCGCUACAUCUGACCGGUUAACCGAAGACCCCCGGACAAAUGAAACCAAUGCCUUCCUGGGCGGAGAGACUUCUGGUUCUUGGUUGAGAGAAGCUUCCAAGGACACUGAACGUGGUGGUCGCCAGUCCAUGGAGAGCGUUCACGCCAUCGGCAACAUCGAUGAUAGGUCUAUUCGGGAACCAAAGCUCGUCAUGCGCCGUAGCUUCGCUCCGUCGCAGGACAUGGGCAUGUCCGGCAGCAGCCUGUCUCAUUCACCGUCCAGGCGUGAACUUUACAGCCCAACUUCUUCGCAGCUCUAUGGUAUAGGCCGAGAAUCCACAUCCGACAUAUCGCGAACAAUCGACUCAGAUCGGCGCUUGUCGGAUCAUAGCAGUGGGCGUGUCAACACAAUCACUUCCAUCUUCCGACGUGGCAGCUCACGUCUCAAGCGGAGCUAUCGUGAACGUUUCCAUGAACGCAGUCCUGAACACUCGAAUCCGUCCCAUGAAUCCUUCUUCAAGGUUCAGACGCAAUCGUCAGGACCACCUCCGUCGUUUGUCACUCCACGGACUUUCCUUGGAUCAGGUACCAUCAAGCGCUCGCAGUCCAAAUUUACCGAACAUUUUGGCGAUGAGCCCCUGUCUCCACCGGAUUCACGCCUUCAAUCUCCUGAUAUUCCGGAAGUGGUGGAUGAGUUUGAAAGAGAAAAUGAAAUGUCCGAUAUCAACCUGGGGACACAAUAUCCCAUUCCCAGUUCUGGGUCGGAGGCCCAGGAUAUUCCAAAAAACCGCCACCAUUCUUGGACGGGCGAUAGCUGGGAAGGUAAUCCAGACAAUCUUCCUUUGUCACAGUCACUAGCAUCCGUUGACUCCGAAGGGUCGUGGAUGUCAGGGCAAUUCCUGCGCCGCAUAUCCCAGAAAAAGGCGAGCAACCCACUACGCACUAGCCUUAGCUCAUCGCGAAACAUCGUGGAAGAGGGGCGCGAGGGUUCGUCCAGAGGUGAUGAGAUUCCGACUAGCGAAACGCUCGUCAGAUUCGGGACCACUCAGGAUGAUACGCCGAAAUCCGGCACUGAUAUAUCCGGCACGCAGCCAGACAAAGAUACAAAUAUGGACACUGUACCAGAACAAACCGAGGAAACCUGGCAUGAUCAAAUUGCAAGGCGACCUGUGCUUGUGACUCCGGCGAUCCGUCCGAAGUCCAACGAAGGGCUCCUGAAAAAUGUGCAGUCUUUCUGUGCCGAUGAGGAAUUUAGCCCCAUCGAAGAGCAUUCUGCCGAGUUUGAAUUUGAAACGCAUGAUGAACACGAAUGCGGACGUCCGACCUGA